AUGGAUCAGAGGUGGGAGGAGAGAUGGACUGCUCAGGAGCAGGCAUUGCCCCAGAUGCGAGCAGUCAUUGCUAGAUGUGACCGAUCACAGCCGCCCCAGUCACAGGAUCCCCAGUCAGAGCAUGGUGCGUCUCUGUCCAUUUCUAUCUCCCUUUCCGAUCGUCUCUGCCUUGUUGAUCGUUUCCCCGAUUUCUUUAACGGAGAAGUUAAUAUACAAUCUUUGAUAUCGAAAGGGAAGGAAAUUAGAAUCGCAGCAGCAACAUUGAUGGAAUCGCCGGGUGCUGAUUGGAGUCCGGAAUCCGAGUUAGAGCUUCAGGAGAUGUUAUUGGGUCUUGCAUCUUCUGACGAAUUCAAGAAGAACACGAGAAUAACGAAAGAAAUGAUCAAUGAUGUGAUCAGCAAGGCAAACAAGCCACUCAGUAAAGGCGAGGUCUUGUGGCGCUUGAUGAUGCAGCUCGACCUUGAUGUUGGUCGCGACUUUUCUAGGAAUCUUGAGCAAUCGGGCACUUCUAGUACCUCUCAAAUCGAGUCACAAUUGGACUGGGAAAGUCUCCUGUCAGCAAUCAAUGAGCAAACUGUAGAGCAUUCGAGCGAACCUAGCGUUAUCAGCGAGAGCACUCUACAAAAUGCUUCGUUGGAGUCGCUGCUUCAAAUGAAAUGCAGGCUCGAGAAGGAAGUGCAAGAGUGGAACGAUUGGGGUACGCAAAAGGUGAUGCAGGCGGCCCAGAGGUUGAACAAGGACAAGAAGGAGCUUCACUUAGUAAGACUAGAGAAGAAGAAUGCCAGUCUGAAGGAACAGCUUAGAAGGCGCUAUGCCCGUCAGAUGGAAGAAAACAUAGCCCUGGCUAUGGGUCUUAAGGAUAAGGUUCGCACAAUGGAAACAAUGAAUAAAGAACUGAGGUUGGAACUGAAAGAUGUAGAACUACACGCUGCAGAAGUGGAAGCGAAUUGUGAAAAAGCUUCAAGAAUGAUGGAGGAGAACCUCAAAAAGUUACAAUCAUCUGAAGAAGAAAAGCUCUCGUUUAAAGAUGAACUUGCAGCUGAAAAGCGUCGCUUUUAUAAAUUGCAACAGCAAUUGGAGCAAGCCAGGGAUCUUCGUGAUAAUAUGAAGUCUCUGUGGAAGAAAGAAGAGAAGUUGAAGAAUGAUGCUCUUGAAAUGGCCGAGACUGAACGAAAGGAGCUGGAGCAGAUCGAGAUGUCGGCAAAAUUACAAGAAAAUGCAAUAAAAAUUGAAGCGGAAAAUAAUUUGCAGAGAUACAAAAAUUAUAUCCUUCAGCUAAAGAAUCAGAUUGCACAGCUUAAAUUAGUUAAAAGUUCAUCAUCCAACAAUUGUCUUUCCGAGAAGGAAUCGAGGUCUGAAUUAAAGCGUGAAUGGGAAUGUGUGAUGUGCCUAUCUGAAAUUGUGUCCGUCGUCUUGCUUCCUUGUGCCCACCAAGUUUUUUGCAGGCAAUGCAACGAACUUCAUGAGCAAAAGGGCGUGAAAGAGUGCCCUUCUUGCAGGACUCCUAUCCAGCGAAGAGUCAUUGCUCGAUCAGCUGAUGAUCCUUAG